UGAACCUGAAUAUUAUCAUUAUAGUGAACCUGAACAUUAUAAUGAAUCUGAAUAUUAUAGUGAAUCUGAACAUUAUAGUGAACCUGAACAUAAUAGUGAAUUUGAAUCUGAAGAACCUGUGAUCAAACGAUCUAAGAAUACAUAUCUUAUUUAG